AUGGCAGAAAACGAUACUAUUCAGUUACAGAGAGCAAUAUUCGCCCAGUACAUUAUGAUGAAAAAAUUAUUCAUGGAGUUAGAAGUGGAAAGAGAAGCUUCAGCAACUGCUGCAAGUGCGGCCAUGUCAAUGAUUCGAAAGUUUCAAAAAGAGAAGGAUGCAGAGAGAAUGGAAGCAUGGCAGUACAAGAGAAUAACUGAGGAAAAGAUCAACCACACUAACAGAGCACUGGAUAUUCUGAAGGAGGUCAUGGAGCUGAAAGAAUUGGAGAUCUCGUAUCUGAGGAACCAAUUGCAGGUGUAUAAACACAAGCUAUUGGAUGCUGGCAUUGAUGAUUGUGACAUUGCAGAUGAGACAAUAGAUAGUGAUAAAUCUUUGUUUGCAAGCAAUAACAUGGAGAAUCUUUGUCAUAAAAUCAAAAGAAAUUUCUCUCUGCCAACUUUGAAGUUGAAUAAACUAUAUAUUGAUAUGGACAUCAAGAAAAAUGGUGGAGUACAAUCAGCAAGGAGCAGGCUGAGUGAUGACGGUUGGGAGCAGAUUUCAAGAGAUGUUAUGGCUCUCGAGCCCAAGGAAAGCUUCUCAACAGAUUUGAACAGUAGAGGAAAGCAUGGUGAAGAACCACAUUCUCCAAGCAGUGGUGUUUUACGUGAAUCUCAGACUUUGGAUGAGCCUCCGUGUUCUUCCUCGUUCUCAUUGGUGAGUCAUCAGGCAGAUAUAUGCAGUGAUGGAGCAGUUCAGGCCAGGGAAGAUACAGAAUGCACAGUAUACCAUGAUCAACUCAAGGAUUCUUGUGUACAUGACUCAGACUUUGGAUGA